AUGUCUGAAAAGGCAACAGUAUCUUCAAAAGCGAAGACUGGAGAAAAUAUCCCAGCGGACAAGGGUUCAAUCACAGAAGUGAAUCGUAGGGAAGGAAUCGAUGAGUAUCUGUUCGAUGGUGAUAUGUUGCUUACUGACGAACAGCUUGCUGCAUUUGAGAACGAUCUGGGAGAUCAAACUCGACAGAAGCGUCAAAUCGCCACAUACGCCAAACCCUGGCCGAACAAGAAACUUUUCUACUAUUUUGAUGACACUAUAAUUGAGUUACUUUCAGCCGCUGAAAAUCAAGCGUACGUAAGAAAACAGCUCAAAUAUCUCAGUGAUCGAACUUGUAUCACUUUCGUGGAGAAUGCCACUGCAACCAAUCGUGUAAAGGUGAUCGAUGGCACAGGAUGUUUUGGAGCGGUGGGAAUGAUAGGAGGCGAACAGACGCUGUCUUUGGCUAAUGGAUGCUUCAUCGUAGGGACUGUGGCUCACGAAUUCAUGCACGCUCUUGGUGCAGUGCACAUGCAUGCGCGACAUGAUAGGGACAAGUAUAUUAGAGUCAGCUUGACAAAUGUGCCUGUAGGUCCUUUUUUACAUCCUUUUUUCGCUGCUUUUUUCAGAUUCUAG